AUGAAAAAUAUAUUGAGUUAUUUUUACGGAUCAUCUGAAAGCAAAAGCACUGAAGUGAAAGAUCCAAAACUUGAUUAACAAUUUGAAACAUUUAUUUUUGAAUUUACUUCGAAUGAAUAUUUCCCUCUCUAUGAGAAAUGGACUAAGGGAGAGGAACAAGAAUAUAUAGAUUUCAAGUUGUAAGACAUAGAGGACAUUUAUUUAAAUAACUACGACUAAUAGCUAAAAUUUUAAUAGGAGGAGACAAACUUAAUAGAUUAUAUUGUAUAGGAAGAUGACACUCUAUUUGGAUUAGAAUUGAAAUUCAACAUUAGUUAGAACAGGAUUUUAAAAAUAAAUGACAUUUCACCAGAGUGCUUUGUCCCUGGAAUGAGAAUUAAAGUUCCUGCUGUCCAAUCAGAACAAAGUCAACCUUACUUUUAAGAGAGUGAAAUUAAUGAUUUGCAAUUGAAUUAGUCUUCCUUUUACGGACGAAACUUGAUGGAUGAAAUCAUGUCCAGAGGAUAAACAAAAAAAUUCAAUGUUUAUUACGUGACUAAUUAUGGUUGUAUAGAGGGGGUUCUAACAGUGAAUAGCGAUGUCAUAUUAUUUGAUCCUAGUUUUGUGGAUAGAAAUAAAGAAUUAGUUUAAAAGUGUCAUAAAUAAAGUAUUCUCAAUUUUUAGGCUUGUCUUAUGACUGAAGACGUGAUAUCAGUUGAUUUAAAUGAGUUACCUAUGAGAAUUGCAAAAUCUACUUCAAAAUGCUUCAAAGACUACUUAGUGAUGGUACAUAUAAGUGCAAAUGUUUCCUGUAAGAAGUUACUUGAAGUGUUGCCCAUUCUGACUUUCAGAAUACAAAAUGACGAGGAUCAAAAGGAAUUCAAAGUUCAAAGUAUAGAUUUAUGUGAGACCUUGGCUGAUGUCGUUAAAACAAAAUCAGAAAGGAUGUUAGAUGAAUAGAAGAAGAAGGAACAAGAUUUAACCAUCAUUCCUUUUUAUGAUGUUUAGGAUGCUACUCUAAUCGAGAAGUUUAUCGAAAGGACUAAUCAACUUUGGGGAGGAUAGGAUUUCAUUCCAUAGAUGGUUUCAGAUUCUUAAAUUAUGGACAAUGAUGAAUUGAUUUAAAUAAUUGCAAAUGUUCCAUCUAUCUUUAAAACUUCCAAUUGGAAAUUAAUUUUUUCAAAUGUUAUACAUGGCUCUUCUUUCUUGACAUUGCUUAAUAAUUGUGAAAACCAUUCUCCAUUAAUUUUAGCAAUUAAGGAUUUUAAUGAAUGCAAGUUUGGAGCAUAUUUAAAUGAAUCUCCAUAAUUAACAUUUGGAAAGUUUUUUGGAAAUGGAGAAACCUUUCUAUGGACUUUUAAAGAUAAUAAUUUCAAAACUUAUAAUUGGACAGAAACUAACAAUUACUUCAUAUUUUGUGAAUCAGAUGGUUUGGCAGUUGGAUGUGGAGAAAAGUUCGGUUUAUAUGUUAAUCAUUCUUUGAUGCAUGGAAACACCAAUUAAUGCGAGACUUACAAAAACGAAAUUUUGUCAAAUUCUAACGAUUUUAGUAUAUAGAUACUUGAAAUCUGGGGAUUAAGUGAAUGA